ACAACUGUCACCUGUCUUCGGUAUAUAUACAUGAAACGCUCGCAGAACACACUCACAAACCCGCUAGACACCGAGAGAUACAACAGCUAAAAGCAGCAAGACACAGUCAUGAAGGUGUUCAUGGUACUAACCGUUGCAGUGCUGUCUGGCUGUCAUGCCAACCUCUUCUAUGCUGAUGCACCCAAGCCACAGAUGGAAGUGCUGACUGAUGCUUUUUGGGACUACAUUGCAAAGGCCACUGAGACAGCUGAUGACACCCUCCAUAUGAUCAGGAAGUCACAGCUUGGAGAGGAAAUCAAUGCCCGCCUAGCAGAGAGUGCUGAUGUAGCCAGCAAGUAUGCAGUCACUCUGCAGGAGCAGCUUCCCCCUGCAGCCCAGGACCUGAUGACCAAGAUCACAGCAGAAGCUGAUGUGCUCAGAAAUGUGCUGACCCAGGAACUGAGCAUGGUCAGGGGAAAGCUGGAACCUUACACAGAGGACAUGAAGGCCCAGAUCCAGCAGAGAGUGGAGCAACUGAAACAGGAACUGGCCCCCUACGCAGACUCCCUGGACUCAGAUGCUCUGAGAACCACCCUGAUGCAGAGGAGUGAGGAGCUGAAGAUCAACCUGGAGCAGAGUGUGAAGGACCUGCAAGCUCAGCUGGGUCCCUACACGGAUGACCUGAGGCAGAAAGUGGACAAGCAUCUGCAAGAUUUCCAAGAUAGCGUGGCUCCCAUGACCGAGAAGGUCCAGGUUGAGUUGAGUCAGAGAGCCAGUCUGGUGAAACAGAUUGUUGCCCCAUAUGCUGAAGACCUGAGGGUAAAGCUGGACCCCUACGCUCAGGACCUCCAGGCUCAGCUAAUGUCCCUCUACCAGUCCUUUGUCAAGGCCAACUAAGUGAACUUCCACACUAUGCUCCAUCAUGUAUCAAGAUGCUGGCCCUGUUUGGUCUACCUCUGCUUGAAGCAUGAAAUGUAUUGUACUGCAAAGCAAAUUAAACUGGACAACAACAUAA